AUGAGUGUAGUGAAGGAGCUUAUAAAAGCUGGAGCUGAUAUCAAUCAGAAAUUUGGAGAUGAUACACCACUGAUAACAGCAUAUAAAGGUGGACAUAUAAGUGUAGUGAAAGCGCUUAUAGAAGCCGGAGCUGAUAUCAAUCAGCAAAUGAAGGCGCUUAUAGAAGCUGGAGCUGAUAACAAUCAACAAUGUAAGAAUUGUACACCACUGAUAGUAGCAUGUAAGAGUAGACAUAUGAGUUUAGUGAAGGAACUUAUAGAAGCUGGAGCUGAUAUCAAUCAGCAAUGUGAUGAUGUUACACCACUGACAACAGCAUGUUGGAGUGGACAUUUGGAAAGUGGAGAUGAUACACCACUGAUAGUAGCAUGUAAGUUUGGACAUAUGAAUGUAGUGGAGGCGCUUAUAGCAGCAAGGGCUGAUGUUAAUCGUCAAGGUAAGAAUGACACACCACUGACAGCUGCAUGUAAGUUUGGUCAUAUGAAUGUAGUGAAGGCGCUUAUAGAAGCCAGAGCUGAUAUCCAUCAACAAGAUAAGAAUUACACACCACUGACAGCAGCAUGUAGGGGUGGACAUGAUCAUCAGGGUAAGAAUGAUACACCACUGAUAGCAGCGGGUAAGUGUGGACAUAAUAGUGUAGUAAAGGAAGUUAUAGAAGCCGGAGCUGAUAUCAAUCAACAAGGUGAGUCUUAUACACCAUUGAUAGCAGCAUGUAAGGGUGGGCAUAUGAGUGUAGUGAAGGAGCUUAUAGAAGCAGGAGUUGAUAUUAAUCAGCAAGAUAGAGAUGAUACACCACUGACAGCAGCAUGUAGAGGUGGCUAUUUCAAUGUAGUAAAGGCGAUUAUAAAAGCCGGAGCUAAUAUCAAUCAACAAGGUAUGAAUCAUGCACCACUGAUAGCAGCAUGUAAGGGUGGUCAUAUGAGUUUAGUGAAUGAGCUUUUAGAAGCCGGAGCUGAUAUCAAUCAACAAAAAAAGAACUAUACACCACUGAUAGCAGCAUGUAAAGGUGGUCAUAUCAAUGUAGUAAAGGCGCUUAUUGAAGGCGGAGGUGAUAUCAAUCAACAAGGUAAGAAUUAUACACCAUUGAUAGCAGCAUGUAAGGGUGGAAAUUUAAGUGUAGUUAAGGACCUGCUAGAAGCGGGAGCUGAUAUCAAUCUACAAGGUCCCAAUAUUACACCACUGAUAGCAGCAUGUAAGGGUGGUCAUAUCAAUGUAGUAAAGGCGCUUAUAAAAGCCAGAGGUGAUAUCAAUCAACAAGAAGCCGGAGCUGAUAUCAAUCAAAAAAAGAAGAAUCACACAGCCCUGUCAGCAGCACGUGAGCGUGGACAUGUGAGUGUAAUGAUGGCGCUAAUAAAAGCUGGAUCUAAUAUUUAUCAACAUGACAAACAUGCACCCUGGAAAAAAAGGCGAAAACAUAAAAAUAGUGUACCAUACAUGAACUGUGAAUUAAGAAGGGCUAUUUAUAAAAAGCAAAUGCUGAAAAACAAGUUUGACAAGUGUAAGACAGAUGAUAAUUGGGAAGAGUUUAGGAAACAGAGGAAUUAUGUUACAAAACUGAAAAGGAAAAGGUCAUGGGUGCCAAACUACACUACUCGACUCCUUGAAGACUGGAAAAUGGCUUUAGAUCAGAACUUACAUGUUGCUGCUAUUUUAAUGGACCUCUCUAAGGCUUUUGAUUGCUUGCCACAUGACAUACUAUUAAGUAAACUCUCAGCUUAUGGUUUAUCUCCAAACUCUGUAUCCAUUCUAGGAAGCUACUUGUCUGAGCGCUUUCAGCAAGUAAAACUUCAGGGAGUUGUCAGUAGUUGGUUUAAAUCUUUGAUUGCCUCUUGGAGCGGUAAGGACUGUGGGUGUACAGCCUGCUCCACUAG